AUGGAGGCCGGCUGCCUCCACGCCUUCCGCGGCCACCCGUCGAUCAUCGGGAUCGAUGGCGUCGCCGCCGACCCCAAGACCGGAGACGUGCAUCUCGUCUUGGAGUUGAUCCAGGGCGGGCUGAGCCUCCACGACUCCGACUACAUGUGGAGGACCCCGUCGGAGGACACGAUUCGCGAGAUGAUGAGGCAGCUUAUCGGCGCUGCGAAGAAGGUACACGGUCUUGGCUUUAUCCAUAGAGAUAUCAAAUCUGAGAACAUCCUUGUCUGCCCUCUGGGCGAGCUCAAAUUGUGCGACUUUGGGUCGGCGACGCGGAAGAAGCCCGAUGGGAAGCCGCAUCAGGCCUACCCCGUCGGGACGCUGCAGUACAACGCUCCGGAGCUGCUCGACGGCAAUUGGUACUACGGCCCGGCUAUCGACAUGUGGGGGCUCGGGUGCGUUAUGGCGGAGCUUCUCAGUGGUGAGAGACUGUUCCAGGCAGAGAGCGAGUACGAGAUGACUGCCGAAAUGUCCGAGUUGCGAGAUAGGAUGACCUCUGCUGCUGGAAAGCUCGACCCGGAGUGCUUGAAAGAUCUGUCGGAGGACGGGCGUGAUGUGCUCACAGGCCUACUGGCCUUCUGCCCGGAAAAGAGGCUGACCGCGGCGGAAGCGCUUGAGCACCAGUGGUUCAACAACUUCAAGGCAGCCUUGGAUUGA